CGGUCUAUGUAGCGUAGCAACCACACAACCCCGCCCCCUCUUCCUUGUAAUCAAUGAAAGCGCAGCCGUUUCCGUGUGUGUGAGUUUAGUGAGUGUGUGUGAAUCUGCUGUAAAACUUCAAGCAAAGUCAUUUAGUUGAUAAAAAAAAGGACACUACGAUAUGCGGCUGUGAUUUUAAUCAGUGUGAUCAGAGAGACUGGUUCAGUGUUAUGGAGUUCUGCGAGGUGUUCUGCAUUUAACGGAUGACUUUAUUGAACUGGGAAUGGUCUCUCUUUUGAUGUAAACGACAUUAACGCAAACAAAGCUGUUGGGGACUAGAGAAAGAAUGGCUAACUGGUUUCUGUCUGAAUGGAAACUCUGGUUACUAGUCCCACUUGUAUUGGACUCUUUCACUGAUGCCCAAACCCUGAAACCCACAAGAUGGCCUCUGUACCAGGGUAAGCCUUUACUGCUAGCCUGGAAUGCCCCCACUGAGGAAUGCCGGCCACGCCAUAAGGUUCCUUUGCAGCUGGACCAGUUCCACAUUGUGGCUUCACCCAAUGAGGGCUUCACCAAACAGAACCUCACCAUUUUCUACAAGGAUCGUCUCGGCCUGUACCCGUAUUUUAAUUCUGACAACAAUCCAGUUAACGGUGGCCUUCCUCAAAUUGCCAGCCUCACCCAGCACUUUAAGAAGAUGCCCCAAGACAUAGAGAAAUAUAUUCCUAACUCAGCAACAAAAGGCCUCGCCGUCAUCGACUGGGAGGAAUGGCGCCCCCUUUGGAUUCGGAACUGGGAUAUGAAGAGCAUCUACAAAAACCAGUCGAUACUAUUGGAGUCCAAAAAGAACCCAACAAGGGACCAGAGCCAUGUAAUGAAAUUGGCCCAGCAGGAGUUUGAGAUGUCAGGCCGCAAUUUUAUGCUCAGGUCCCUGAAGCUUGCCAAAAGUCUGCGUCCAAACCAGCUUUGGGGAUUCUACCUAUUCCCUGACUGCUACAACCAUGAUUACCUCCAAAGCAUGGAGAGUUACACAGGCCGCUGUCCGGACCCAGAGAUAGCAAGGAAUGAGCAGCUGAGGUGGCUGUGGACAGAGAGCACGGCACUUUAUCCAUCUGUCUACAUAGGUUCAGUGCUGCGUUCAACUGCUUUUGCUCGCCAGUUUGUUCGGAACAGAGUAAAAGAAGGCAUGAGAGUGGCAUCUCUGGACUCUGAAUUGGCACGUCCAGUGUUUGUGUACACCCGUCCCACGUACAUCAAUGAGCUAGAGCUGCUUACUGAGGCUGACCUGGUAUCCACCAUUGGAGAAAGUGUUGCACUGGGUGCUGCUGGCAUUAUACUCUGGGGAGAUGCCAGUUAUGCAAGCAGCAGUGUCAACUGUGCCAGUCUGGCUGAGUAUAUCAAGGGUCCACUGGGCAGUUACCUCCUCAAUGUUUCUAGUGCAGCUGAACAGUGUAGUCACUCAGUGUGUGGCUCCCGGGGCCGCUGUUUGCGCAGACAACCAGACUCAGAUACGUACUUGCACCUGGAUCCUCAGAGCCACAGAAUUGUGGUGCAGGGGAAACACCUGGUUGUCGAAGGGUGCAUGGGGUCUGAGGAGCUAAAACGCAUGCGGGAGGAUUUUAUCUGCCAGUGUUUUAGUGGCUAUCAAGGGAAUAACUGUGAGCUGCAGGAUCCCCAGUAUGGCAGAGGACAGGGGCACAAACUGCAUGUAUCGUGGAGCUGCUGUCUUCUCUUUUUGCUGCUCAUGUUACUGAACUGAGACUUGUGGAACAAUGGACACUCGCACAGACUUCUAUGGACAUUUAUACAUUUCGUGUGCCACUAAUGAAGCAUUUGCUUCUGUAGUUUUGUAGAUUGAAACUUGUACAGUUUCUAACACCUUUUUUCAGAUUUCUUUACAGACUUUUAUUGUAAUUAAGUUUUUUUAUAUAAAGAUUCAAGGGGUGUUCAGUUGAGUUUAGCCAAAUAUCUGCAUUGUACAAAUGUCAGACUGAAGCCUAGUGGCAGCUUGUACAGAAUGAAAGUUGUUACAUUUGUUCAGAGUUAUGUGUGUGUGUCCCCAGUGAGUACACAACUCUGAUAUGAAAGUGUAUAAACAGGAAAAUUAGUCCAAAUAAGCACUUUUGUUUAUCAUCAUAGAUAAUGGAUUCACUGACAGUGUAGGAGCUGGAAGCAAAUCUGAGAAUCAUCAUUAUUAUACUGAUAACUGCAGUUUGUCUGUAAGGGGUAAUUUAAAUGUAUUUUAAUUUAAAUGAAUAAUUCUUGAUGCAAGUUGUUGUAAGAUGAUGGCGCUAUCACUAAAAGACUACUACUAAGACUUUUUAUUUGCUGUCACAUAGUCCUGAUUCAUACAACUUUUCUAGGUUCACAUUCACAAUCAUUUCUUAAAUAUAAUACACAAUGUGCUGGGAGUCAUUUGGUGAUUUAAGACGAUCUGGUAUGACUUGUUGGAUGUAUGUGUAUGUGUAAGUAUAGCAAAGCAAACUAGAGAAAAGAGAGAAUAUUUGAUUCAAUAUUGUGUUAUGUUAUGUGUUAUAUAUUACACUGUUUUUUAUGUAACUUUUCAGAUAGAUGCCAAAUAGACAGUAGAUGCUGUUCUGGACUAGAAGUUGUUUCAGCUUUUUUGUUUUGUUGAUUUCCUUAAGUGUUUACCACAAAGUAACAUUAUAGUAUUAUAGUCUUUGUGGAAGUAAGGUUCCUGACCUAAGGUGGGGUUACAGUGCAAUGAAGUGAAUCAUAAAAGAAGUACAUUCUGCAUCUGUAACACUUGCUUUUCAAAAGGGGCCACUGUCUAGAUUUUGCCAGCCCACAAUUACAGGCUUUCACAUGCCAAGCAGUUCUAUUUGUGUACUCUAGUUCAUUGGGGGGGGUUCCAAUCUAGUGAAUUUAGUGAGCUGUUGCAGAAAAAAAUACAAUACUUUUUGUCAGUACAACCCACAACCAUCAUAAAAACGGCUUUGCCUGUAUUUAGCACUUUUGCGUAUUAUUAAAGUCAAGUCCGUGUUAAUAUGUUACAAUACUUCUGAAGUUUAUUACUGUAAAUGGUUUUGUAAGGUGGGGGAAACCAGAAAAAUGUACAAUAGUGAUGUUUCAGGUGGAUGGUAAGAGCCAAACCUAUAAGCCAUAUUGCUUAACUGAUCUUUCUUUAAUUCUCACUUAUGUGUAAGAGGCAGCAUGACAGCUUGUUGAAGUAAUUCAUUUCAUUAAGGUAGGCGAACAGUUCAGAAUAAACUGAAAUUAAUAUUCUUAAUGAAGGACGGAUUCUUAACUGUGUUUGUACAAUGCACAAUUGUGGUACCUUUUUUUUUUUCAAUUAAAUACAAUUUUAAUUGCAUUUACAAUUAAAUCAAUAGAUUUUAUUUUGUUCCUUUGUUUUAAUCUGAACGUAUUCAGAUUUCAUUAAAGCAUGUAGGCAAAG